AUGGGCAGCGGCGCGGCAGGCCACGGCGAGAAAGGGCAGGGUCGCGCCGAGCGGGGGAGCGGCGGGUUCAAGCGCAAGCGGGGCGACAGCCGACGCCAGGCGGCCGGGGUCGGCCGGGGCUCCUUGGUCACAAGCAGCCAGAGCAUGGAGCACUCCAAACAGACCGGGCUCGAGUGCACCAGCGCGCUGGCCCUCACAGAUCGGCGGAAAACGUCCGCGCCGGCCAUCGCCGUGACGCAGGCGAUCUCCGACGGAGAAUGCGCCGAACUCGCCACUGAAACCCUCAGUUCGCACGGUAGCAGCAGCAGUUUCGAGGCCGAAGCCAAGGGCUACCGCGCGUGCGCGCGGGAGUUCCAGGCCGUGCAGCAGCAGGAGGAAGAGUUGAGGCGCUCGCUGCACCAGGCCAGGGUGGCCCUGCGGGCCGCGCGCGGCGGCGCAUGUGCGCUGAAGGAAGACGGCGCCGCCUGCGGAGCGGCGCCCGCGGCCUGCCGGAGGGGCGGCGACGGCACAGGCGGCGGCUGCAGCGCCCCGAGCCCUGGGCCCGCGCCGCUGCUGGGAGCGCUGCCCACGCCGGCGAGAGCCCGGCCCGGGCGGGCGGCCGCGCGGGGCUAGGGGGGCGCGCGCCGAGGGGCAGCGGCUUGUGUGUCCUCCGCAUCUUCCUUGCCCUCGCCUCCUCGUCCUCGUACUCC